AUGGUCUGCAGGCUGUGCGAGCCGCGGGGGCCGGGGCAGGGCUGCGCGGAGGAAGCCGGCAGCCGUUUCCUCAGCCGGGAGCCGCCGCUUCUCCUCAGGGCGCGGCCUCUCCCCGCGGCCCGGGAAGCGGAAGCGCGGCGGGGCCGUGAGCCGGCGGGCGGGCAGAUGGCGGAGUGCGGGCCGCAGCCCCCCGGGGGUGGGAGCGGGGCUGCGGGGGCGCCGAGCCGGCACGAAAAGAGCCUGGGGCUGCUGACCACCAAGUUCGUGUCGCUGCUGCAGGAGGCCAAGGACGGCGUGCUCGACCUCAAGCUGGCUGCGGAUACCUUGGCUGUGCGACAGAAGCGACGGAUCUAUGAUAUCACGAAUGUCCUGGAAGGCAUCGGGUUGAUCGAGAAGAAAUCCAAGAACAGUAUCCAGUGGAAAGGGGUGGGUCCUGGCUGCAACACACGUGAAAUAGCUCACAAACUUAUCGAGCUGAAGGCAGACAUAGAGGAUCUGGAGCAGCGGGAGCAGGAGCUGGAGCAGCAGAAGAUGUGGGUUCAGCAGAGCAUCAAAAACGUUACGGAAGACGUGCAGAACAGUCGAUUAGCGUAUGUGACACACGAAGAUAUCUGCAAGUGCUUCACAGGAGACACCCUCCUUGCGAUUCGAGCCCCAUCAGGCACGCGUUUGGAGGUUCCCAUCCCUGAGGGCCUAAACGGGCAGAAGAAAUACCAGAUUCAUCUGAAGAGCACGAGUGGUCCCAUUGAUGUUCUCUUAGUAAACAAAGAUGCUUGGAGCUCUCCUCCUGUCGUACUACCUGUCCCUCCCCCUGAAGACCUCAUUCAGUGCCAGGCAGUUGCACCCUCCAAACCGCAGAUACCACCACUCGCCCACUUCCAGGAGGCAUCUGUCCCCAGCAGCACCCAGCCCUCUACACCGACACCUACCAGCACUCAGGACCACAGCCCUCCCGCGCAGAAAGCUGCCAGCACGGAAUGCGGUGUCUCGGCAGCAGAGCCCAAGGGCAGCGGCGACUUCGACCCCCUCGGCCACGCGUCGGCCGGGUUAGAUACCCAACCCCUACAGUCCUCUGCCUCGCUGGACAGCAGCUCCGUCCUACCCAGCCCCUCUACCUCCUUUGAGCCGAUCAAACCUGACACCACAGGAAUACUGGAACUUCCCAAAGAGCUGUCAGAGAUGUUUGAUCCAACGAGAGAAUGUAUGAACUCUGAGCUGCUGGAAGAACUGAUGUCAUCUGAAGUGUUUGCUCCCUUGCUCCGCCUCUCCCCUCCGCCCGGAGAUCACGACUACAUCUAUAACCUGGAUGAGAGCGAAGGCGUCUGUGACCUCUUUGACGUGCCUGUCCUCAACCUCUGACUUCUCAGUGCGGCUGCCAGCCUCGCAAACACAGACAGUUUUAUAACUCUUUGGAAAGUGUCUAUUUUUGGAUUCCUUUUGCGCUAGAGCUCGAUGAGUGAGCAAUUCAGAGAUGCUCUCGUGUGGACUCAGAACCAAGAGAUGUGGACUUGCAGGCCGGGAGCCUUCCCGUAGCUUCUUCCUCUUCCUCUGUUGCACGUGCAAGGUGCUUGUGCAACUCUCCCUGCCGCGUCUCUCUCUCCACUGGAUCCUGGGCCUCACUUCAAAGGGUCUGUGUUUUGAGUGUUCCCAGUUUGCCCAUGUGCCUCUCCGAGCUUCCUCAAAUCUGCAUGCCUUGGUUUUUUCCUGCACUCCUAGAGGCACUUUGCACCUCCUAGGUACCAGCUGCUACAAGGAGCCCUGAUAUCGUGGUCAGUUCACAAGCCCGGAGGUAGUUAGGUAGAUUUCUCAACGUGAGCGGUUCAGAUUGGGGUGGUUAUAUUUCGGAAUGACAACAAGGGGAGGGGGGGGAAAUGGCACCAAAGUGUCCGUUUCUUCCAGCGAUUCCAGACCAAGCUAGUACGUUUUACAAGAAAAAGCACUUUUUUUAGCCAGCUGUGCCUCCUAGUGGGACUCGGGAGUUGAGCAUUCCUAGUAGGACCCAGGAGCUGAGCCCUUCCCUGCUUGUGCAGCAGCAGGAACGCUGGUUCUGCGCUCACCAGUCUGCUGAUGCUUGAGCCCAGGGGCUCAGCUCCUCGUACAGCAGCUGUGCUGUUUCUACAGGGCUAAAGAAGAGGUGCCAGUAUGUUUUUGUUUUGUUUUUUUUUAAUUUUUAUUUGUUUUUACCUAAGUGAAGAGAUGUUUCAAAGGAUAAGACUGCUCCAGGUACAUCAGAGCCUGCUCAUAUUUGCAAGUAGCUGUCUUCUCCAACCAUUGCACUUGAGCCUUCAGCUGUCUAAGAGGCGACCAAGCAGUAACAAUUCAGUAGUACUUUGCUGUGACAAGUUACGUAGGUGUUGUCAAAACAGUGCUUUCCCCCCCCCCCCCCCCCCCCCCCCUUUUUCUCUCUUGGCAUCUGCUCAGGAUCAGGCUUUCUGUAUAUUUGGAUUUGCUCCUCUGGUGUCCGUACCUACUGUCCCAGUUCCUGAUCCUGUGGCAGGUCGCUACCUAGCGUGAUGCUUUCUCUGCAUCAUUUUUUCCACAAGAUUUCCUUCAUUGCUUUCUCUAUACCUUCCUCCAGUGUAAUGGAAGGUCUGCUGUUGGGUUCGUUGUGAUGAUCAGGUAGUACCAGUCUUGGACCCUGUGCAGUUUACUUGGAGUAAAAUGCCCGGGUGGAUUUGUGAUGUAUUUUGCAAGCCCCAGCUUUGUUUUUCGGUCAGAUCCUGUGUUUGAGUGUCUUCAGUUUUGCACAUCUUCCCGCUGACGCGGUGGCAGCAGCAGCUGUCCUGCCUUUCCUGCUCGGCAGAGUGCCAAAGCGUGGCUGACUCUUGCAGAGAGGUAGCUUGCAGCCAUCCACGUAACCAGCUGAAAGUUUAAGUUCCCUGCUUAGCCGUUCGCCGCCUGUGAGCCACGCAGCCAGCCGGAGCACCAGGAAUAAGGGAUGCGAAGUCUUCAAUUUUUGGAGCCCGCGGAGGUGUAAAGAAUACACGCCUGGGACCUGUGUCCCUGAGGUGGCUCCUCGGGCCAUCUUCUUCUCUGUGGGGCUCCUCCAGAAGAGCCGUUCCUCUCUGCAGCCCUCGUCCUCGUCGGGAAAAGCCUGAAGAAUUCGGGAGGAACGACGGGACGCUCUCUGGCUCGGCAGCAGGCAGCUGCUGCCGGUGAGACGGCCGUGGCGUGGGACCCCGCCGGGGUGGGCUCCCAGCCCGCAUGUCCCCGAGCCUUCCCUCCUUCGCACGGGAGCCGGCCGAGAUCCCUCGGGACAGCGAGGCUUUGGCGUAGCUCGAGCUCUCUGUGUGCUGCCUGGCCCUCACCUUCCUUCCACAUGUUCAUGUUCGCCACCAGUUAGACGACCUUCGGAAAAGGAAAAAAUUUACAGUCGCGGAUGAACUUUUGAUUCAUAUUAUAAAGAUUAUUUUUAUACUUUUUUUUUUUUUUUUUUUUGCAAGGAAAGAAAAUUGCCUGUAAUAUUUGUACAGUGUUCUCUGACGUGAAUAAACAACAGAAAAAAAAAAAAAAA